UACGGCGGCCCACCAAAACACGUUCUUUUUCGCGCAUCCCCACCACUUUACCAGCACGAUCGCCACCCGUCGGAGCUCUACGGAGCACAUCGAUUUUGUCGGCAGGUGUGUACACUGCGAUUACAACAACAAACAUUUUUUCAUCACGUCGUUAGUCGUUUACCGAUUUUCGUUUAUCAACGUUUCCUAUUUUGCGCCCGUUUUUUUGUUUUUUACUUGCCAAUUUUACAUUUUUAACUCUGUCAAUACAAUGGACGAAGACUGUGGAUCCAUCAACAUUUCACCGAUGAAAAGAAAUCCUCGUGGAAAAUUUGUUGGUUCUCGACAGAAAUUGAUGAUCGUAAACCUUUACAAGACUAAAAUGGCUAAGCAAGACAAUGCAGACGGCCCAAAAUUAAAAGCGAAGGAGAUUAUUAAGCAAAUAUCCGAAGAGAGUGGUAUAGGGCAAAGGACAGUGAGUGUUACUCUAUCGGAAUACCGAAAUAAAGGCAGUGUAUCAUCACCUAACAAAACCAAAAUCCGACCAACUGUUACGGAAAAAGUUGAUGAUUUUGACCAAAAUGCCAUUAGGAAAAAAGUACACGAGUUUUGGCACAGGCGAGAAAUUCCAACUUUAAAGAAAAUUUUAACUACGGUCAACGAAGAUACAACAUUACCAAAUUUUUCCGAAACAACAUUACGUAGACUUUUAAAACAUCUCAAUUUUGAGUAUGUUCGAAAAUCUCGUAAUAGCGCUCUUAUUGAACGAAUUGAUAUUGUGUGUUGGCGUCGAAGGUACUUGGAGUCCAUAAAAGAAUACCGUCAGUUAGGUAGACCCAUCUAUUAUCUGGACGAGACAUGGGUGAAUGCUGGUGAAACCACAUCGAAAACAUGGGUCGAUAAAACUGUGAAGUCACCACGAGACGCAUUCCUAAGAGGAUUAACGACUGGACAAAAGGAACCGUCCGGUAAAGGAAAACGUCUCAUCGUGGUACACAUAGGUUCAUCUGACGGCUUUGUUGUUGGUGGAUUAUUAUGUUUUGAAUCGAAAAAAAAUACAGACGAUUACCACGAUGAGAUGAACGGUGAUACCUUUUAUGACUGGUUCGCCAACAUUUUACCGCUACUUCGUGAAAAUGCCGUUAUAGUCAUGGACAACGCGUCGUAUCAUUCUGUGAAGAAGCACACGUUUCCAGUAAGAUCUUGGAAAAAACAAGACAUCAUUGAUUGGUUGACAGAUAAAGGCGAGGUAAUAGAUAAACCAAUGGUCAAGGAACAACUGUUGGAUCGAGCGCAAAUUUUAAAAUCACAGUAUAAUGAAUAUGUGAUAGACGAAUUGGCGAAAUCUGCAAAUAAAACUGUGUUACGCCUACCCCCGUAUCACUGUGAAUUAAAUCCAAUAGAACUUGCGUGGGCGUCGGUGAAAAAUUAUGUUAGAAUGAACAAUCGUACUUAUAAAAUUAAUGACGUUAAGAAAUUAUUAGAAGAAGGAGUCGAACGGGUUACGCCCGAUAUGUGGAAGAACUUUGUUGGCCAUAUCAUUAAGGUAGAAGAUAAAUUCUGGGAGGUAGAUUUUAUAUCCAACGAAUUGUUAGAUGCUGAAGUAACACCACACGUUCUAACAAUUACGGGUGACACGUCUGAUUCAUAUUCCGAUUCCGAUUAAAUUAAUAUAAUAUUUUUAAUUUUGUAUUUUUGUAUUAUGUAUUUGUAUAUAUUAUAUAUUUUUAUUUGUAUUAUGUAUUUAUAUGCACUGACAAUAAAUGAUUAAUUUGUAAU